AUGUGUCAGUGGCAGUACUAUGUGCUGAGCGACAGCAAGUUGAUGGACAAAGUGCGGAUUUGUUUGCUUCGCAAUUGCCUGAAGAAGCUGAAUCCCGAGGAAGUCCCCACAAUUGUGCUGUCUGAUGCCGCCGACUUGGCCUUGCUAUCAUGGUGCCUGACCUUGGGCACAGAGUCGCGUGUGCAGAUCACCCGACUGGGGUCGAGUCAUUACCUGCCGUACCUCCAGAGGUGCGGCGUGUCGCAAUCCCCUUUGAUGGACUUCAGCUGGACAAGUCUGCCGCCUGACUCUGUCAUGGCGGAAAUGGAAAGGAGCACGAUGACGUUUAGAGUCAUGGUGGAGACAACUCCGGAGAAGACCGUUGAUCAAGUCAUGGCCGAGAAAAACUUGCAGCAGCAGAAGCAAAUUUUGCUUGAGUGGGACUUCGUUCAGGAUGCCGAAGAAACGCUCCAGAUUGCCAAGGCUGAGAGAGACAAGUCGGAGAAGGUCAUUGAGGAGCUCAAGAAGCGCAAGCACUCCGAGAUUGAAAGUCCAAUGCCUGACAAGAGUUAG